UCUUGGCCUUGUGAAAUAGUUUUCAACUGAACUGGAAGUGAGCAGUUGAGAAGUAAAUGCCUCAAGAAGAACUAAAAGAUAUUUGUUGCAUGCUGCAGCGUGAUGGUUAUGUUCAUCUUAAAAACUGUAUCAACAUGAAUGAUAUUAAUUUAGCUGUACGUGCAAUUAACUUUGAACUUGGAAAAGGAAUUAGUAAAGAGGAUAUCGAAAAAAUGAGAAUCAAUGCGAUUUCGUUCGGUGCAGAGCAACUACGUCGUUCAAAAACUAUUACAAAUUUAUUGCAUAAUACAUGUGUUAUCAAACUAGUUGAACAACUAUAUGGCUCAGAAAACAUACAUUUACCAGAAUAUUAUGUACAAAUUGCUCUGAGAUUUCCACAAGAUGUUGAUAAUGACACCGUUUCUUAUCUUCCAUGGCACUUAGAUAAUGUUCAACCAGGCGGUAUGAAAGGUUUUGGUUUGACUGUUGGAAUUUUCUUGAACGAUACACCUAAGCCCAAUUCUGGUAACUUUACUGUGUUUCCCGGUUCGCAUAUUUUACUGGAAAAACACUUUCAAAAUGUUACGUCUUCGACAGCCUUGUACAGACACAAAUAUGGGAAAAUAAUUUUACCUGACGUUGAUGUAGUAAAUGUUCUGGCACAUUUCAGUUUUGGAAAUCAACCAGAUCUUUUGUUAUCGAUGCGAUUAAUCGAAGCGGAACGAUUCUCGAUAUUGGUUGUGCGAACGGGUUUUUUCUAG